UCCCAUCCUCCCAGUCAAACUUCGACGUGCCCGCGCACCGGCGACUCACCUAUUAUCCAUGUUGUCUAUGUGACCAAGCUGUCAGCAACAGGUCCGGUUUAUUAAACUACACAUUACUCUCGGAAUUACACCAUCCUGCCAUUACGAGACUGCUGCAUAACGCCAGGGAGAUCUUGUCGGGGGUAUUUCGAUUUUUCACUGGGGACAGAAAAGAAGAUAAAGUUGACGGUUUUUUUGCCCAAUGGUGAGAGAUGACUGUGAGCUAGCCGGCUGAGUAGAAGAACGGGAGCCGCCCCCUCUGCCACCUGCAGCCAUGAAUGGUGACCUCAGUGUGUGGGCUAUCUCUCCAGAAGAGAGGAACAAACAUGAUAAACAGUUUGACACCCUCUCUCCCACCAUGGGCUACAUCUCAGGGGAGCAGGCCAGGAAGUUCUUCUUGCAGUCGGGUCUUCCCUCCUCGGUUCUUGCAGAGAUAUGGGCGCUGGCUGACAUGAGUAAGGAUGGGAAGAUGGACAGGUUGGAGUUCUCCAUCUCUAUGAAGCUCAUUAAGCUCAAACUGCAGGGCACGCCCCUUCUCUCAACUUUACCAAUCAUCAUGAAGCAGCCGCCAGUGCCCGCCCCUAACCCCUCCUCUACAGACGCCAUGUCCGCCUCGCGCUACGGAAUGGGUUCCGUGCCAAACCUUUCUAUGAUGCCCAGAUGCAUCGCCAUGCUCACCCCUAACCUCUCACCCAUGACACCUAUGAGCGGCCUCACCCCCAUGAUCCCAACAGCUACAGGCAUGGCCCCCCUGGUUUCCACGUCAACGAUGCCCAUUCCCUUGCUGCCGUCCCUUGGCAGCCCCGCUUUGCCCAACGGCACUAUGGGUGUUCUACAGCAACUCCCACCAGGACACAUGGGGACAGGCAUGCCUCCCUCUGCACCAUAUGCAUCCUCUCCUCUGGGGCUCUCUCCUGGGAUCAACAAAGCUACGUCACUGUUGGACCUGGGCUCAAGCAGCUCCAACUCGUCCUCCACCACCUCCCUGGCAGGUAGUUCUCCGAAGACCGCUCCCUCUGACUGGGCCGUGCCUAACGCCUCGCGUCUCAAAUACAGACAGCAGUUUAACAGCCUGGACAAGCACAUGACGGGAUACCUCACAGGUCCGCAAGUGAGGAAUGCCAUGGCAACCACUCUGCUCACUCAUACACAGCUGGCCACCAUCUGGACCCUGGCUGAUGUAGAUAAGGAUGGGACGCUAAGAGGAGAGGAGUUUAUUCUGGCCAUGCAUCUAGUGGAUGUGGCCAAGACCGGAAAACCCUUACCCCUCACACUACCAACAGAACUAAUACCACCAUCAGAGAGGGGUUCUGUGAAUGGGACCAGCUUGUCUCUCUAUGCUGGCAUCACUGAAGAACUGGAGGCUGAGCCACCACAGAUAACCAAAAACAACUUGUCGUUUGAGGAUAAGUUCAAGGCCAACCUGGAGCGAGGGAACGCAGAGCUGGAGAAAAGAAGACAGGCUCUGCAGGAUGCACAGAGGAGAGAGGAUGAGAAACGCCAGCAGAAGGAGAGAGAGGAGCGAGAGAGGAGAGAGAGGGAGGUCAGGGAGCAAGAGGAGAGGAGGAGGAAGGAGGAAGAGAGGAGGAUGGAGCUGGAGAGACAGAAAGAGGAGGAGAGGCUGAAGGAGUUGGAGAGAAAAGAGGCGGCGCAGCGUGAACUGAAGCGCCAGAGGAAGGAGGAGCUGGAGAGAAGGAGGAGAGGAGAGCUGCAGCGCCAGAAGAGUCAGGAACAGGAAGACGUCAGCAAACUAAAGUCCAGGAAGAGGAGUCUGGAGAUGGAGUUGGAGGCUGUGGGUAACAGACACAGACAGAUCUCUGAGCGGCUGCGGGAUGCUCAGAGUAAAAGGAAGGUGCAACGCAGCGAGCUGGAGCUGGCCAACCAGAGACGAGACACAGCCAGACAGGACAUCAACUCCCUGCAGAGACAACUAGAGGAGAACCAGAGGAAGCUGUCCCAGCUGACUCCAGAACAGCAGAGGCUCAGUGACAAACUGAGGGACAUGGCCCUCAACAACCUGCCAGUCUCCACCAUAUCCACUCUAAAGAGCAGCACCAGCGAGAAGGACGGAGCCUGUCGUAAACUGAAGCAACAGCUGGAUGCUCUGGAGAAAGAGACGGCUGCUAAACUGGCUGACAUGGAUCAUUACCAGAACGAUAUACAGGAACUGAGAGAGAGCCAGUGGAAGCAGCAGUCGGCUCUGGAUAAACUACGGAGCAUCAAAGAGGACAAAGGGAGAGAACUGGAGAGACAGAGAGAGCAGGAGGAGAGGAAGAGGAGGGAGGAGGAGGAGGAGAGGAAAAGGAGGGAGGAGGAGGAGAGGAGAGAGGAGGAGGAGGCCAAAAGGCGUAUUAAACUGCAGAAGGAGCGUCAGUGGCAGGAGAAGCUGCAGAGAGAGGAGGAGGAGAGACAGAGGAGGCUGCAGGAAGAGAGAGAGGCCAAACUGAGAGAGGAGGAGAAGAAGGAGACACAAGCCCGCCUCUUAGCUGCUAAAGAAAAGGUAGAACGAGAACGCAGAGCGGAGGAGGAGGAGAGGAGGAGACAGGAGGAGAGGAGAAGCAGAGAGGAGAGGAAGAGGUUAGAGGAGGAGCGGGAGGAAGAGAAGAGAAGGCAGGAAGAGGUGGAGAGCAGGAGGUGUGAAGAGGACAAGAAGAGAUGGAAGAGGAAGGAGGAGGAGAAAAGGAGGCAGCAGGAGGAAGAGAGGAAGUUGAAGGAAGAAGCGAAGAGGAAGCUGGAGGAAGAGGAGAGGAGGAGCAGAGAGGAGGAGGCGGCGGCGUUGCGGCAGCAGCAGCGUGCAGGGAAGACAGACAUCCACGACAAACUGUCAGUCCUUCUUUGCGGACUAGAGGAGAGGAAAGGCGGUCUGCCACCCCAGGCCACAGAGCACAGGAAGUCUGCGACGCUCACUUCCUUCCGGGCGAUCUACCCUUUCACCGCUCGCAACCUGGAAGAACUCAGCUUUGAAGCCGAUGAGGUCAUCGAGGUGGAUGAGAGUACGGAGCGAGAGCAGGGUUGGCUGUACGGGAGUCGUCAGGGGAAGAUGGGCUGGUUCCCAGAGAGUUACGUAGAGAGACAGGCCAAAUCAGAGAGACCUGCUACUAUUACUACAACUACCACUGCUGGUGCUACUACUGCUGUUAAUGCUGCUAAACAGGCCCUCAGACCACAGCUCUCCACCCCCAACAACACUGGGAAACCUGGGGGAGAUGCUUCCAUGUCAACAGGACAGAACUCCGCCUUCACGCCUACACACGCCCCUCAACCCACCCCCUCGGAGCUGGUACAGGUGGUAGGUAAUCUGCAGGCCCAGGCUCUGUGUUCGUGGACAGCUAAAACAGAGAGCCAUCUGAACUUCAGUAAGGAGGAUGUGAUCCGGGUGCUGGAGCAGCAGGACAGCUGGUGGAUGGGGGAGGUCAACGGGGUUCAGGGCUGGUUCCCCAAAACAUAUGUCACACUCCUGGGAGACAAUGACAACACCACUGCCCUGACGUAUUCUCCCCCAGAUGAAGUGGAGGCCUCAGAUGCUGCUCAACAGGAAGAGUACGUGGCGCUGUACACCUAUGAGAGCCCAGAGCCUGGCGACCUGACGUUUAGAGAGGGUGAUGUGAUGCUGGUGACCCAGAGAGAGGGAGAGUGGUGGAGCGGAAGCAUUGGAGACCGCACUGGAGUGUUCCCUUCCAACUACGUCAAACCCAAAGAGAACGACACAUCCAGCAGCUCAGGACAGCCAGGACAGCCUGGGAAGAAGCCAGAGAUAGCCCAGGUGAGCACUGCCUACACAGCCACAGGAACAGAGCAGCUCAGCCUGGCAGCAGGACAGCUCAUCCUCAUCCUCAGCAAGAAUUCGUCCGGCUGGUUGCUCGGAGAACUGCAGGCGCGAGGAAAGAAGCGUCAGAAGGGUUGGUUUCCUGCCUCACAUGUCAAAAUGCUGGGAUCCAACAGCGGCAAGUCCACACCAGCACCUCUACCAGUGUGUCAGGUCAUUGCCAUGUACGACUACAAAGCAGCCAACAAGGAUGAGAUGAGCUUCUCCAAAGGUCAGAUGAUCAGUGUGUUCGACAAGAACGACCCCGAUUGGUGGAAAGGAGAGGUCAAUGGGAUCACCGGUCUGUUCCCAACCAAUUACGUCAAGAUGACCACCGUCGACUCCGACCCCAGCCAGCAAUGGUGUGCUGACCUAAAUAGUCUGGAGUCUAUGACUCCCCAGGAGAGGAAGAGACAGGGUUACAUCCACGAGCUCCUCCAGGCAGAGGAGAGAUAUGUAGAGGACUUACAGAUAGUCAUGGAGGUGUUCCAUAAGCCCAUGUCUGAGUCUGGCCGUCUGACGGAAGCAGAGAUGGCCAUGAUCUUUGUCAACUGGAAGGAGCUCAUCGCCUGCAACACCAAACUGCUCAAGGCCCUGCAUGUGCGUAAGAAGAUGGGGGGUGACAACAUGCCUGUCCAGUUGAUCGGGGACAUCUUGGCGUCAGAACUGGCUCACCUCCAGCCAUACAUCCAUUUCUGCUCCUGUCAACUCAACGGAGCGACCCUGCUACAGAGCAGGACUGGCAACCAACAGGACUUUAAAGACUUCCUCAAGAAAAUCGCCACAGACUACCGCUGUAAAGGCAUGCCCUUAUCCAGCUUCCUGCUGAAGCCCAUGCAGAGGAUCACACGCUACCCUCUACACAUCAAGAACAUCCUGGAGAGUACCCAGGAGGAGCAUGCAGACUGCGGGCCCCUGAGAGAGGCUCUGGAGCGGGCUGAGGAGCUGUGCACUCAGGUCAACGAGGGGGUCAGGGAGAAGGAGAACUGUGACAGGCUGGAGUGGAUACAGUCACACGUACAGUGUGAGGGAGUCACAGAGAACUUGGUGUUUAACUCUCUGACGAACUGCCUGGGGCCUCGUAAGCUGCUCCACAGUGGGAAGGUGUAUAAGAUGAAGAGCAAUAAGGAGCUGUGGGCUUUCCUCUUUACCGACUUCCUGUUGCUCACCCACACUGCCAGACAGUUCAGCUCCUCAGGACCAGACAAGCUCUUCACCAGCAAGAACAGCACACAGCUUAAGAUGUACAAGCCGCCGGUGUUCCUCAACGAGAUUCUAGUGAAGCUGCCUGACUCCUCCAGUGAAGAGCCCUUCUUCCACAUCUCCAACAUAGACAGAGUCUACAGCCUCAAAACAGAGAACAUCAACGAGAGGACGGCCUGGGUCCAGAAGAUCAAGGCUGCGUGUGAGGACAUCUUCCAGAUGGACAAGAAGAAGAGAGCAAAGGCCUACCAAGCUUGUUCUCUGAAGGCCAGUGGAAUCGGCCGUCUAUUAGUCACCAUCCUGGAGGCCACUGAACUGAAGUCCUGCAAACCCAACGGUAAGAGUAACCCUUACUGUGAGGUGACCAUGGGAGCUCAGAACUACACCUCCAAGACUCUGAGUGACACAGUCAACCCCAAGUGGAACUUUAACUGUCAGUUCAACAUCAGAGACCUGUACCAGGAAGUGCUCUGUAUCACCAUCUUCCAGAGGGACCAGUUCUCCCCUGACGACUUCCUGGGUCGUACGGAGGUUCCCGUGGCAACCAUAAAGGAGGAGUUGGAGAACAAGGGGCUGGUGACACACCGCUUGCUGCUCCACGAGGUCCCCACUGGAGAGGUGUGGGUCCGCCUCGACCUGCAGCUCUUUCAAAACAGUGCAUCCAAAUAAGGACAUCCUGGCCAACACUGGACGCCCAAAUAAGGACAUCUUGACCUGCAGCCACAUGGGGAGGGGAGGGUCUUGUUAUAAAUUGUAUCUAACUGCUGGUCUAGGGUCAGAUACUUAUUAAUCCUGCUAAUGGUUAAGGUUGGGAUCUGGGGUUGGGUCAGGGCUAACGUUUACCUGGAGCUGCAAUGGGAAACACUGAUGAGGUGAUGGGAACCCUCCCUCCCUCGUCUGAGGUCAGACCGUCCUUAGCAAUGAUCUGAGGACAGUUUAGUCUUUUAGGACAGUUUACCCUGACUGGUGGUGAGCAGGGUUGGGUUAGUGUAAAGCUGAUCCUAGAUCUGCGUUUAGGAGCAGCUUCUAACAGUAGUGGUUCUACUUGUACCAGCACUAACACUGAUGGCCUGCCUAUGCUCUCCUCUGCUACAGACUGGCUCUCAUUCUGCCAAGUUUUUCUUUUGUGAACUCAACCCAGGCCAAUGUUGGAUGAAACUAUUUAUUUAGUUAAGGAUCGUCUUAACUCUAUAUUUGUUCAAACUAAGUUGUUGUUUGGGAAGGUAAAUACCAGGUCAAAUGGGGAGAGAGGUUAGGAAAGUGGGGUGUUUCCUGCCAUGAUGGGUCUCACGUCCAGUUAUAAACUAUCUCAGGCCUUGUUUUCCCUGCUGGGCGUUUCUAUUACUGCAUCAUAACCAGCUGCUUUUCUUUUAUCUCAAUCUGUUUUCUCUUUUAACUGCAGGAACAUCUGCAGAGGAUCUUUAGGAUACUGUGCUGGCACAGAUCUCCUGAUUUAACGGUAGUUUUAAAACCAACUCUCUUUCUUUGCAGUAUAAAUGUUCUGUCGACCUUAAGGAGAUCUUGUUCUUUAGUUGUGGUGUAGUUGCCUCAGAAAUACUGUAAAAGGAAAAAGCAUCUUUAGUUUAUUCCACUCCUGGGCCCAUAUUCAUAAAGAGGUUCAGGGUAGGAGUGCAGGAACAUGUGCGAUCCGUUUCGCUUUUUAGAUCAUAGUGAAUAAGAUGAUAUGGACAGAGGGGACCUGAUCCUAGAUCAGCACUAGCCUGGUCCCAGAUCUGUUUGUGCUUUUGCCUACUCCGAUGUCAUUGUCAAGUCAGACUUCAUGUUCUGCAUGGCGAUUACAUAAGGAGUUGGCCAGAGAGCAAUAACAGACUGGCACCCAGGCUAGAUCCGCACUGCUACUCUGACAAUCAGUGAAUAUGGACCCAGAAGCCUCCAGUGGCUCUAUAGUCACUAGCUCCACCCAGGGGUGUGGUCACAGAAGCCUCCAGUGGCUCUGUAACCACUAGCUCCACCCAGGGGUGUGGUCACAGAAGCCUCCAGUGGCUCUGUAACCACUAGCUCCACCCAGGGGUGUGGUCACAGAAGCCUCCAGUGGCUCUGUAACCACUAGCUCCACCCAGGGGUGUGGUCACAGAACCCUCCAGUGGCUCUGUAACCACUAGCUACACCCAGGGGUGUGGUCACAGAAGCCUCCAGUGGCUCUGUAACCACUAGCUCCACCCAGGGGUGUGGUCACAGAACCCUCCAGUGGCUCUGUAACCACUAGCUCCACCCAGGGGUGUGGUCACAGAAGCCUCCAGUGGCUCUGUAACCACUAGCUCCACCCAGGGGUGUGGUCACAGAACCCUCCAGUGGCUCUGUAACCACUAGCUCCACCCAGGGGUGUGGUCACAGAACCCUCCAGUGGCUCUGUAACCACUAGCUCCACCCAGGGGUGUGGUCACAGAACCCUCCAGUGGCUCUGUAACCACUAGCUCCACCCAGGGGUGUGUGACUAUAACUAUGCAGAGGUUUUAAUCAGCCUUUCAUCGUGGCGUUGUAACCAGUGUCUGAAUAGUCUCUUAGUAGCCUUUCAUAUUUUACCACAUGAACAAAGAAAGGAUCGUGACAAUGGUCUUUGAAGGAUAAGAGUCCAUUGAACUAAUAUAUGUCAAACAUUUAUUUUUAAUAAUAAUCAUAAAAACUGUGUAAGACAGGAAUGGACAUGAUUUAGCUGGUCGGCUACAUUAUGCUGAUCUACCAGAGAUUUUCUUCUUAAAUCAUUGUUUUAAUUUUAGCUGCACAAGUCUUCUACUGGGCUGUUAUUCAUUGAGGUUGAACUAUAAGUCCUGUGGUGUCGAUAACUCGAUGUACUGAUUUACUGUGCUGACAGAGUGCAUCCUACAUUACUGGCUGAUAUGCAGUGUGUUCACAAUGGGCACAGCACUCACUCAUUCUGGGUUCUAUCAGGGUAAUAAAAGGUGUUUAAAACAAA